AUGCACACAGUCUCCAACAAAGCACAUAAUGACAUCAUGGUAUUGAUUAACACUGCCCUUCUCCAAAAGUUAUCUGUCUUAAAUGGUGUUUUUGAGACUUUGAUUGAGCUGAUUCACUUUCCUCCCCAUAGUGAGGCUCGGCAGAAGGCAAGCAGGGGGCCCUGGAACCACUCCUCUACCAUGGGCUUUGUCCUCACCAGCCUUUUUAAUGAAAGUCCCAUGCACGUGUUCCUCUUCAGCAUGGUGGUAUUGGUCUACAUUCUCGCCAUAGCCGGCAAUGCUGCCAUGGUCCUCCUGACCUGGGCUGAUACCCGGCUCCACACACCCAUGUACUUCCUCCUCAGCCAGCUGUCCUUCCUGGACAUCUUCUUUACUUCAGUCACAGUCCCCAAGAUGAUAGUAGCCUUCCUUUUUGGCUGGACGGGCAUCUCUUUUGGGGGUUGUGGGGCACAAAUGUUUUUCUUCAUGUUCCUGGGAGCUGCGGAGUGUAUUCUACUGGCGCUUAUGGCCUAUGACCGCUAUGUGGCCAUCUGUAACCCUCUGCGCUACCCUGUACUCAUGAGCCACCAGGUCUGCCUGCUCAUGGUCAUGGCCUCCUGGUUGGGAGGAUCCCUCAAUGCCUCCAUCCAGACCUCACUGACCCUGCAGUUCCCAUACUGUGGCUCACGAAAGAUCGCCCACUUCUUCUGUGAAGUGCCCUCUCUGCUGAUGCUGGCUUGUGCAGACACAGAGGUCUACGAGCAGGUGCUCUUUGUGACAGGUGUGGUGGUCCUCUUGGUGCCCAUCGCCUUCAUCACUACCUCUUAUGUCCUCAUCCUGGCUGCUGUACUCCAGAUGCACUCUGUGGAGGGACGUCGGAAGGCCCUGGCCACCUGCUCCUCCCACUUGACAGUUGUCAACCUUUUCUAUGGACCCCUCGUCUACACUUACAUGUUACCUGCAUCCUACCACUCUCCUGGACAGGACGAUGUAGUAUCUGUCUUCUACACUGUUCUCACGCCCUUGCUUAACCCUGUCAUCUACAGCCUCAGAAACAAAGAAGUGGCAGGGGCAAUAAAGAAGGUAACAGGAAAGUGUGGAGUCAGUAGGAAUGCUUAG